GGGAGAGAGGUAUCCCUCCGCUGGGGUCGUCACCCUUGAGGUGCGCGCAGGCGUUUCCUGCCCCUCGGGGUCGCCACCGACGGCGACGACGCUGCCUCGCUCUGACGGUUAGGCCGCCUCUCUCCUUCUUUUUUGUCCUCCUCUUCCUCUCUGCCGCUUUAUUUUGUUUGUCGAUUCGAGGAGGAAACAGCGCGACGUCUCCUUUAAGGGCCGGGGGCGGGGUUUCUGCCGUGACCUCUUGCUUAGCCACGCCCCCUUUUUCUUGGUUGCCACGGCGACGGUCCGACGGCGUCCCAAAAUGGCGUCGCUGCUGAGCGAGAACCUGUUCGAGGCGCGAGGACAGGCCCCGGCGCCCAGCAAGGACUUCUACCAACUCAUCGUCUCCAGGAAGGAAGUAAUUUUCAGGUGGUGGAAAAUAUCACUUCGAAGUGAAUAUCGUGAAGCAAGACCUGGAGAACUUAGAGAAUCUCAUGAAGACUUCCUUGAUGACCCCUCUCUCCAAAUUCAAAUAGCCAUUAUUUUUGGAGCAGAGACUCUGGAUCAUACUUUCAAUAUGUGUCGUGGCAAAUUUGAUUUCCUGGUGCGACUUCCUGACCCAUUGCUUCUGCGUAUCAUGUCUUAUUUGGAGCUUGAAGAUAUUGCCCGACUUUCUCAAGUGUCUCGCAGAUUUGAAAUGUUAUGCAACUCUGACAAACUAUGGGAGAUGAUUGUGCAAAAUUUGGCAGGUAAAAUUACCCCAGAAAUGAGAUCACUGGCACAAGAAGCGGGCUGGAAGCAAUUCUUCUCCAAUAACAAGAUUCAACUGCAGCUCCAGUUCCGAAGAAGGAGAGAGAAGAGAUCUGAUUCAUCAGAAAGCCUUUCAGAUUAAAGGAAUGUUAUACCAGUUGGUGCCAACUAUUGUGAGGUGCAGAUUGGCUUGGAUAUGAGUGCCUUGUUUUGCUUUCUCAAAAAGGAAAUCUGUUCAUAUGAUUUAGAUUAACAUUAACGUCUUUUGUUUCAUUUUUCCAUGUAUUUUCAUUGAGUAAACACUCAGUUUAUUACAGUAAAUUAAUCUUGCUAUGUGUUUGUUUAUAGUAAAUUUGUUUUAAAAUCAA